UUGACCUGCUGAGUGGACUAAAGAUGGGGGAGCAAGGUGGUUGGCUGGAGGCUAACAGAAGAGACUGGGUGGCCAUCUUGGAUUUCCAGACCCAGACGGGUGCAGCCAAGGGCCCAGGGGACAACAUUACUGAGCAGGCGAGGACCGGAGGUGACAUAGUGGAGUCUGCAGUCCAUGAGGACCUGCUGAUAUCUGGUGUUGCUGACGGGAGAGACUGGACCUCUGAGGUGGGUGGUCACAAACCCUGGCCCCGGAUCAGAACCCUGGAUCUGGAGCCAUCACUCUUCCUUCCCGAGUCGGAACUAGGACCCAACCGUGAGGGACAGAGACUCCACCACCACACAAAACACAACCAGUGGACAGGUGGACUGAACAACCUCAGUCCUGGUGGUCAUCAGAGAGACAGAGGCUGCAGUCAGGGAUCCAGUCUGCAGUCUGGGGCUGAUAAAGAUAGACCCUCCUGUUCCUAUGAUACAAACACCACAAUAUCCAUGAUGAACAGAUCAGGUCACCCUGGGCUUCAGCCUUCACAGAGAGUGACAGGAGCCCCCCCUGGAGGUAGUCUACCAGCCAGUCGGUCUUCUCCUUCAGGGCCUCGUCCAAUUCCUGGUGAAUGGGUUCAUAGAAGGUCUGGACCUGGGUCUAGCCUUCCUCAGCUACCUCAUGGUUACCCCACCAAUACAGACAGGGUCAGGAUGGGCGUUCACCAUAAGAGGUACCUAGCCUAUAACACAGCACACAAUCCCAACAACACCCAAACAAUGUCUAGAGGUCAAGGAGGGAGCUCAAAAUCUCUUGCUUCUACCUCUGGUGUCAUUGGGUUACAAUGUGGGAGGCCGAGCAUUAGGAUGGACGCCGACAAGCCAUAUGCCUGCCCCACGUGUGGGAAGCGCUUUGCUGAGGCAAGGUAUGUGAAGCAGCACCAGACUGUUCACACCAAAGACAGCUUCAAGUGCAAAUUAUGUCACAAGAGCUUCUCCUUCCUGAGUAGCCUUAUCAGACAUAGGAGUGUCCACAAUGGGGAGAAAUCGUAGCAGUGUGGCUUAAGAUGUACACAGGGGAUGUCUUUAUCUGACAUAUUAUAGUUAUCAUCUGAAGUGUCUAGGGAUAAGAGGGUAAUUAACCACAUACCCCUCAUUAACCCCUUUAACUUUUAAUUUGAAACAGGCUCGUGUUAAUACCUGAUUUUAGAGAGAUAGUAAACCUAGGCUAGAACAAGUAUAGUUUAAUGUUCUCUGGUCUGUUGAAACCAAGAUUGAACUCUUUGGCCUGAAUGCCAAGCGUCACAUCUGGAGGACACCUGGCAGGGACUGGGAGACUAGUCAGGAUCGAGGCAAAGAUG